AUGAUGUUAGGAGUAUUGUCCACGGAACAUCGAAUCAUCAUUAAUAAGGUAACCCUGAUGUUGUUAUGCCAUAAGAAAAUAAAUUUAGCUGUCCAAUGGGCGAACACCCCCGAUCUUCCACGAUGACAUUCCAGAUUAUUCGAUGAAUGAAACUUUGAAAACGGGAGCAGAGGAAUCUGAUGACAGUUUGGUCUUAAAAACCAUACUAAAACUACGGAGUGAAUUGAGAAAGGAUACGGAGACAAAUGUAAAUACAUUUUUGGAGAUUUAA